GCUUUACUCUUUGACAAGGAGGUCAGUUUAAACCCUGUCUGUUCAUGCUCCCGGCAUGUAUGUGGAUAACUAUCGAUGUUGACUCCAGCCCGUUCUCCUUUUUUCUUUGCUUCUUAUUUUACUUUCUAUUUUUGCAGGUUGAAGUGAUGCGGAUAUGUGGGAAUCACAACAAUAUCGUUGAAUUUUACGGCAUCGCCACCAGACAGCAGCAGCACCAAGUCGAACGGUUCAUGAUUAUGCGGUAUUAUGAGCGAGGAGACUUGGUGCGGCUGUUGGAGAGGCCACAGAAUCCGUCUGAGGCACCUACUUUGAUCGAUAAAUUGUUCCUUGCGCUCGAUAUUGCUAUGGGAUUGGAACAUCUCUUUCGAUGCGGCUUCCAUCAUGGAGAUCUCCAUCCAAAGAACGUUCUCAUUGAUGGCCGGCGCGAUGACUCGCCUUCGUCCACAUACUACAGGGCUCGGUAUCAGGCACGACUAACAGACUUUGGUCUUCGCCGGAUACGCGACAACAGGAACGCAUAUUCGAGUCAACCGCUUGCAGGAGUUCAACAAUUCAUGGCACCUGAGCGGAUGUACAAGAAUCGGCCGCGAUACAAUGUACGAUGCGACAUCUUCGCAUUGGGUGUCAUUUAUUGGUACCUGAUAGCUGAACGGUAUCCAUUCAAGAACUCACCGAUUCUCAUACCUGGCCAGCGAGAGGAGAGGGUAGAGGGCACACCCGAUUGGUAUCACGCGCUUUAUACACAAGCAUGGCACGAGGAUCCAAAUCAACGACAGCAGAGUCUGGAGGAGAUUAUACAGGUGCUCCAUUACCAGCUUCGUGUUUCCGCUGUACCAUUCCCGACAACAGGAUAUCAACAGUAUGAAAACUCGCUCCACGAUCGAUCAGCAGCAGCAGCAGCAGCAUACCCAACUCCUUCAUCAGGACACGAUAGCUUAGCUCCCCCUUCAAUACCCGGUUAUGACAGGACUCAUCAACAAUUUUUCUUUCCCUCAGUCAGCGGAACCGCUCUAAGGGGUGGUCCCAUGGGACACCAAAACUUGGCUGUCCCACCAUUGUACAGUGGAGCCCCAUCAAGUGCCUCAGCAGGUCCCUCAACAGGUGCCUCCAACAUGCCCUCGCCUACAUUGACACAAACAAUAGCAUCUAAGGCUUCGGCAGCCAAGUCUACUAACCCAAGCCAUCCAAGGAAUAGAAAAGUCGUGGUCCCCAACGGCAUGCCUGCCCGAGGCGGCUAUCGCUGAUACUAAUGACCACAUUGCUUUGGUUGCCAUAUCGUCUUCAAAAAUAAAAUCAGC